UAGAGAUAUACAUAUAUGUAUAAGCUUAGUUCAAUGGCGAUUGAAGAAGGGGUAGACGAUUAUACACAAGAUGGAUCUGUGGAUCUUAAAGGAAACCCAGUUCGUAGAUCCAAGACAGGUCUAUGGACUGCUUGCUCCUUUAUUGUUGUGUACGAAGUGAUUGAACGAAUGGCAUAUUAUGGAAUAUCAUCGAAUCUCAUAGUUUAUUUGACGACCAAGCUUCACCAAGGCACGGUGAAGUCGGCCAACAAUGUGACCAAUUGGGUGGGCACCAAUUAUCUCACUCCUAUCUUGGGUGCCUACGUUGCCGAUGCUUAUCUCGGACGAUAUUGGACUUUCCUCAUUUCUUCCAUCAUGUAUUUCUCGGGGAUGGUUCUGCUAACAUUAUCUGUAUCAGUCCCUGGACUAAAACCACCACCUUGUCACCAAGCAAAUGUGGAAGAUUGCAAGAAGGCAUCCACAUUACAGUUAGCUGUAUUUUUCGGUGGAUUAUAUAUAAUAGCCUUUGCAACCGGUGGCACGAAGCCCAACAUCUCGACGAUCGGUGCCGACCAGUUUGACGAUUUCAAUCCAAAAGAGAAGGCUCAAAAGUUAUCUUUCUUUAAUUGGUGGAUGUUCAGCAUAUUCUUUGGGACACUCUUUGCCAACACAGCUCUUGUUUAUAUUCAAGACAAUGUUGGUUGGACCUUAGGGUAUGGUUUGCCCACAGUCGGACUCAUCAUUUCGGUUCUGAUUUUCGCAGCCGGCACACCAUUUUAUCGGCACCAGGUGCCCUCUGGGAGUCCUUUCACGAGGAUGGCCUCGGUCAUAGUGGCGACUGCUAUGAAAUGGAGGGUGCCACUUCCUAGUGACCCUAAGGAACUUUAUGAACUUGAAUUGGAAGAGUAUGCAAGUAAAGGGAAGUUCAUGAUUGAGUCAACAUCGUCUUUGAGGUUUUUGAAUAAGGCUGCAGUGAAAACAGGGUCUGUGGAUCCAUGGAUGCUAUGCACAGUAACCCAAGUAGAGGAAACUAAACAAAUGUUAAGAAUGAUCCCAAUACUGAUUGCCACAAUUGUGCCAAGCACAAUGAUUGCACAAAUCAAUACAUUGUUUGUAAGACAAGGCACCACACUUGAUAGACACAUGGGGAACUUCAAGAUCCCCCCAGCAAGUUUAGCUGCAUUUGUGACGAUUUCUAUGCUUAUCUGUGUUGUCCUCUAUGAUCGUUUCUUCGUGCCGGUUGUCCGAAAAUGGACCAAGAACCCGAGGGGCAUCACUCUGCUUCAAAGGAUGGGAAUUGGCCUUGUUAUUCACAUCAUAAUCAUGGUGAUUGCUUCUUUCACCGAGAGGUAUAGGCUCAGCGUGGCUAGAGAACAUGGUUUAGUUGAACAUGGAGGCCAACUUCCAUUAACCAUAUUCAUUCUACUCCCCCAGUUUGUGCUUAUGGGAACAGCUGAUGCGUUUUUAGAGGUGGCUAAGCUCGAGUUCUUUUACGAUCAAGCACCUGAAAGCAUGAAGAGUCUCGGUACUUCCUAUUCGUUUACGACUCUGGGGAUCGGGAGUUUUCUCAGCAGCUUCCUUCUAUCGACGGUUUCCCGUAUCACUCGAAGGCAUGGUCAUGGAGGAUGGAUCUUGAAUAACCUAAACAAGUCUCAUCUUGACUACUAUUAUGCAUUUUUUGCAGUACUCAACUGUUUGAACUUCAUUUUCUUCAUGGCAGCAACCAAGUUUUAUGUGUACAAGGCCGAAGUUUCGGAUUCGAUGCAUGUGCUUACGGAAGAACUUAAGGCCAAGAGGUUAAAGGUAUCAAAUCAAGAUGAAAAGGAUUAGCUUGAAGGAACAGUGUUGAACUG